AAAGAGGGGGGGGGGUCUUUUGACUUUUCCAUUCGAAUGAAGGAGACAAACUCUCUCUAAUUAACUCUUCAUUAAUCCCAACUACACACACUUCCAACAAGAGGGAGAUUAGCCAGAGAGAGUUUUCAAGAAAAACAGAGAUGGUAGGGCUGCAGAGGCCACAGUUUGUGCUGUUCGGAUCAUCAAUAGUUCAGCUCAGCUACAUCAAUGAAGGUUGGGGUGCUAUUCUUGCUCACAUCUAUGCUCGAAAGGCAGAUAUAGUAUUGCGAGGAUACUCAGGUUGGAACUCAAGGCGUGCUGUGCAGGUUCUUGACCAAGUUUUUCCAGAGGAUGCUGCCAUAAAACCUUCCCUGGUAAUAGUCUAUUUUGGUGGUAACGAUUCUGUCCACCCUCAUGCAACUGGCCUUGGUCCUCAUGUACCGCUUCCUGAAUACAUUGAAAAUACGAGGAAGAUUGCUAUGCAUCUGAAGAGCAUUUCGGAUAAGACUCGUGUCAUCUUUCUUUCUGCUCCUCCUGCUAGUGAGGAACAAAUUGGUAUCCAUUUAAGUGAUAAAAUAGAUAUGGUUAGAACAAACGAGUCCUGCCGGAUAUACUCGGAAGCAUGUUUAGAGGUGUGCCGUGAGAUGAACCUGAAGGCAGUUGAUCUCUGGACUGCAAUACAGCAAGUUGAUAACUGGGAAACUGUUUGCCUGAAGGAUGGGAUACAUUUUGCACCUGAGGGAAGCAGGAUAAUAGUAAAGGAGAUUCUGAGAGUCAUCAAAGAGGCCCACUGGGAACCGAGCCUUUACUGGAAGGCAAUGCCUUCUGAAUUUUCAGAGGAUUCACCGUAUGAUCCAGUCAGUACGGAGGGAAAGACAGUAAAUGUUUCCGAGCCUGAUUUGUUCGGAGAUUUCCCUUGGGAAUAAAACCUAACAAUAAUCACGAGGUGUAUCAUCGUGUGAUGUUUAGCCGUAUCUUCUGAAUAUCUUUGUAACAUAAGCAAAGCGUUCAGAUCACUAGCCCAGUGAGAGCUUGAGCUUGUGCUGCCUAUUUUGGAAUGAGACUUGAUUGUAAGAGAACAUGCUCUAAGAAGGUUAUUUUGAGGUAUUUUACUA